ACAGUAGUUUUUUUUUUUUUAAGAAAGUGAUCGAAACAAAUUUCGCGUCACUCGUUCGCCCGGCGGUCCACUUAACGCCUUGAAGCGACUUACUUGUUGAUAUGACACAACCGAUCGGGCAGGCGAGAAGUACCAUUUAGCUUGGCUCGCUACAGCAGUCUCUUCGGCUCGCUGGCUCCUGCAUGGUAGCUAGCUAGCUAACGUUAGCUGCAGAAGCUACUUGGCUAGCUGGCUAGCGAGGUCCAGCCCCAAAAAAAAAAAAAAAAGUUGUUGGCCACAAGUCGCUGUUGUUGUCACCCCGUGCUUUUCGGUAUUAUUUUUUUCCCUGGAGUUUAAGAACAAGGACCAAAAUCCACACUGGAUUUAAAGUCGCGUCGGGUCGGGAAACCAGCAGGAUGUCCACCGAGGUUGAGUGUAAGGUUAACUCAGGUUUGACAGCGAUCGGCUCGGUUGGGGGAGAGAAGCACCAAAACAAGGCUGAAGAGGCUCGGCUGCAGAAAUCGGAUCGAGACCGAGAGGAGCAGCCCCAGAAGAAGACGGAACAACAUCCCGACGCCCCGAGUGCCGACGCGACCAAGAGCCCGACGGACCUGCACAAGAAAUGCAAGGAAAACGACAAAGAAAACGACCAAAGCGCACAAAGCGGCAACGUUGACUCGGCUGAAGCGGUGACGCAAAAAAUGGUUGAAGCGCCUGUGCCGAAGGAGAACCCGUGGACUAAGAGGACCACGGGUAGAACCUCCAGCAGCGCCAUGAACCAGAGCACUCAUGAGAAAGAUCAGCAGAGCCCUCUCAAAGUUGUCCGCGCCGGCAAGCCCAGGACAAGAAAAUCCAGCAAGUCGAGUGAUUUCAGCGAUAUCACGAACUGGCCAACACCAGGUGAACUGGCUAAAGAGCAACAGCAGAAUGUUCUCAACGCCGAUGGGAAGAAGCCUCCCCACUCACGUAGAGACAAGGAGAGGAAGAGGGAGCGAGUGGAGAAACGGCCUGAAAGCGACCGCAAUGGGAGCGAGAGCAAGGAAAACCAGGAGGCCCAGCCGGACCCCCUGGAAGACCUGCCCAAGGACGGGGAGCCCGACGUUGGACAGGACUCAAAGAGCGCUGCCCUGAAAAAGAGAGGAGGUAACAAACGUAAGUGGGUUUCCCUGCCGCUGGAGGAAGUGGGCCAUGAUGCCGGCGGUGCCGAGACGUCAUCGGGCCCGCGCUCGGACACAGAGCACAGCCACCAGUCACCUGACCCCACAUCGCCCAAUCACACGCUCCAUAGUAACAGGGCGCAUGAUAGCGGCAGGAGUUGGAGAAGAGAGGCACGGGAGUAUGGGGACGAUACUGCCAGCGUGCGCAGUGAUGGUGGGAGCAUCCGUGGAAGUCUCCGGGGCCGUGGAAAAGGCCGUGGCCGCGGGAGAGGUCGUGGACGAGGUCGCUAUGAUUACUCUCAGAGCUACAGGGACUCUGAUGUUCAGGUCCCUGCAGAGUACGGUACCAACAUGGUUUAUUACUACGAUGACGGCAGCAAGGUCCAGAUGUACACAGUGGACGAGAAACUCCUCAAGGAAUACAUCAAACGUCAAAUUGAGUACUACUUCAGCCUCCACAACCUGGAGCGGGACUUCUUCUUGAGGAGGAAGAUGGACGCCCAGGGCUUCCUCCCCAUCUCUCUCAUCGCCAGCUUCCACAGGGUGCAGGCCCUCUCCACUGACAUCAACCUAAUCAUGGAGGCUCUGAAGAGCAGUACAGAGGUGGAGCUUGUAGAAGAGCGGGUGCGCUGUAAAGUGGACCCUGAGCGCUGGCCCAUCCCCGCCCCACCCGUAGUGGGUUCUCCCCACACCGACUUCAGCCAGCUGAUCCACUGUCCCGAAUUCGUCCCAAGACAAGCCUCAACCUGCAUGACCACCGUUUCACCCACUGCGAUGCAGUCUACUUCAGAGUCUGCUGAGCCUAUGGAACCAGCCAAGUCCAGCCCCUCCACCCAGGAGACGGACCCCCCAAAAGACGCCUCCAGAGAGCCCCCUGCCCCACAACCUGUUGUGCUGCCUGACUCCGAGGCCUGGAUUCAGGUGGAGAAACGCCAUCGCCAGCCCUCCGGCAAGGCUAAGGAGCGCAGUGAGCCACCGCAGUCAGGCCCCAAGGUGCUGUCACAGGCUGAGCCUGUCCAGGAGGAGCUGGACUUCCUGUUCGACGAGGAGAUGGAGCAGAUGGCGCCCAGGAAGAACAAGUUCACCGACUGGUCUGACGACGACGGCGACUCAGACUACGAGCUGGACGACCGCGACGUCAACAAGAUCCUUAUCGUCACGCAGACGCCGCCCCACCUCCGCAAGCACCCUGGCGGGGACAGGACAGGCAAUCACGAGUCCCGUGCAAAGAUCACCACCGACCUGGCUAAAGCCAUCAAUGAUGGGCUGUACUACUACGAACAGGACCUUUGGAAGGGGGAGGAGCAGGCUGACUGUACCAAGCAGGAGGCGGAGAACUUUAAGAAGCUCAACGUCAUCAGCCAAGAUGAGUUUGAAACUCUCACCCCCAAAGUGCCUGUCGAUCCAAACCAGGAAGUCCCGCCUCCUCUCAUGCCAGUGGCAGUGCAGGGAAUAUCAGAGGUGGCCCACUCUCUGCCCACCACUGUGCCAGAGUCCCCCAGCGCUCACCAGCCCAGGACCCCCAGGACCCCACGCACCCCUGGGCGGCAGGACCCCAGCAAGACACCUCGCUUCUAUCCUGUCAUGAAGGAGAGCGGCAACGUUGACAUGAAGACGCCCAGGAAGAAGAAGACUCGUCAUAGCUCCAACCCGCCACAGGAGUACCACAUCGGCUGGGUGAUGGACUCCCGCGAGCACCGCCCUCGCUCUGCAUCCAUCAGCAGCUCCAAUGCCUCUCCGUCAGAGGGAGCUCCUCUGUCUGGAAGCUAUGGGUGCACCCCCCAGUCUCUGCCCAAGUUCUGGCACCCAUCUCACGAGCUGCUACGAGACAAUGGCUUCACCCAGCAAGGCUACCACAAGUACCGCAGACGUUGCCUUAACGAGAGAAAACGGUUGGGCGUUGGCCAGUCUCAGGAGAUGAACACCCUGUUCAGGUUCUGGUCCUUCUUCCUGAGGGACAACUUCAACAGGAAGAUGUAUGAGGAGUUCAAACAGUAUGCCCUGGAAGACGCCAAAGAAAAUAACAGGUAUGGGCUGGAGUGUCUCUUCAGGUUCUACAGCUACGGUUUGGAGAAGAGAUUCAGGAUAGAUCUGUUCAAGGACUUUCAGGAAGAGACCCUCAGGGACUACGAGAGAGGCCAGCUGUAUGGACUGGAAAAGUUCUGGGCCUUCCUGAAGUACUCCCGGAUGAAAAACCAGCCCAUUGACCCAAAGCUUCAGGAACACCUCGCCAAGUACAAGAACCUGGAGGACUUCAGAGUGGUUCCCCCCAUGGGAGAGGAGGGAGGGAGGAGGAGACAUCACUCGUCCUCGGCCGGGGACGAGGGGAGGCGCCGGAGACACCCCUCCAACCCUGUCUCCAAGCCGACGCAGACUGCCAAAUCCUCCGCCCCCGCCGGCCAGCACUCUGCAGCCCUCGUGGCACCGGUGCAGAACGCACCCAAAGACAACCCUCAAAAAGCACCAGCCUCAGCCCAUGGGAAGAAGGCCGAGCCCGGAGCUGGCAAUGCCAAAAAGGAUAGCCCCGCACCCAAUAAAUGAAGCACCCGUAUAACCAUCCUUCUGACCACCUCAUAGGGCGAUCUAGAGCAGAGAGUGAGCGGGCACCACUCGGCAGAGUGAUGACCACACUGAGCACUCUUUUCAGUGGCAUACUGUUUAGGUAUGAAGAGACUGCUUAGGAUAAAUGACUUAAAUUGGAUUGUUUUUAUCAGUGCAUUUCAUUAAAAAAAAAAAAGAAAAAGAAGCAAGCAUAGGCAGCAAGCUUGAAUACAGAUAUCUUUGUGCUCCUAACAGCUCUUAACGUUUACAAAAGAAUGCAUUCCCUGCAUUGUUGCGUUAAAAACUCACGGUUGCCAUACUUUUCAACAAGUGUCAACUUGCUUGUUGAUCGCCCCAGCCUGUAAACGACUCUACAAUGUGGAUAGAGCUUGGACUGUUGACCUUUUGAUGGUGAUUCCUUUUGGCCAAGAGAAGAACUCUCUUAAGUCCUUUUUCGUGCCUUGAUUUGAUUCAUAAUAGUGACAGAAUGUGAUCAGAGACAAAACUGCUCGAAUGGUGCAUUUGGAAAAAUCUGUCUCCCAUACGAAUAAUUUAGGGUUUGAAUGUAUUGAGACCGACACCGCUUGCGACAUUGCUUUCUUAUGUAAGUGAAGCGCAGAAUGCCUCUGCAGAGCUCUUCUCAUGACAAUCCACUAAACCAAGAUAGCUGCAGUCAUAAAUUUCCGUUACAGACUGACCCCGAGGCUGCUGCUCAAUAGCAGAUGGUGCCGUUUUUAUUGUGACCGACAUGCAUCGCAGUUACUUGACAGCAGCGAUGUUGGAGUUUUGAUUAAAGCCACAGUAGCCGUGUUUCCUUUAAUUGUCAAGUAUCGUUAUGCAUGCUCAAUAAUCCAUUCAACUUUCUGUGAUUAAUUGCCAAGUGAAUUUUAAGCGAACUUUUGAAAUGUCGCCAAAAAAAAAAAAGCUAAUUAGGAGCAUUUACAUGAACUGCUUUGGAGCGAAUUAAGUAAGGUAUGCAAACCGUAGUUUCGUCAGAAGUUAGUGGUAUAGGCUACGUUACACAUGGCGGUAAUAAACAGUAGAAGAAGUAGAGGUUGCGAAUCGGAAACAAAACCAGUCGCCUUGACCAUCUAUGAGCGAAAAUAGAGACAAAGUCCAUUUUAUUUGUAUAGCCCAAUAUCACAAAUUUUGCCUCAAAGGGCUUUACAGCAACAUAACAUCCUGUCCUUAGGCCCUCGCAUUGGACAAGGAACAACUUUAAAAAAAAAAAACUUUAACUGGGAGCAAAAAAAAAAGAAAAAGGAAGAAACCUCAGGGAGAGCAAGAAGAGGGAUCUCUCUCUCAAGGGGUCUUCAGGAAUUUGUUUCAAUUGGGAAAGUUGUAAUUAUUCUUUCAUGUCAGCUGUCGUUGGCCAUGUUUCAUGCUUUCCAGAGACGAAGACAAAAGAAAUGAUGGGAAUAUCCGGGAAGAUGCAGACGGCGGAAACAGUUGAUCAGUCACGUUGAGUUAAAUGGUCGCUACAUCAGAACUUAUUCGGCAAAGGUGUUUCCAUAUCCCCGUUUAGCACAUUAACUCUUACCAAAAGCAAAAACCGCCUCAAGCAAGCGUAAAAACGUUUACGAAAUUGAGGAAGGUUUUUUUUUUUUUAUUAUUUUGCCGUUUCUAUAAGCAUAUUCUAAUGUGAAACUUUAUAAUGUGCAUAAAAAUACGUUCUGGAAACCCGGCUACUGAGACUACAAAAUCAUUGUUAAAUAUAAUUUGAAAUGGGCAUCUGUGUUGGAAGCUUUACUUAAACCCAGUUUUUACAUCCAGAAGUAGUAUAAUUUAUUGUUUUAUUUUCCAUUUAUUGGAUUAAUGGAAUAGUCUUAGGUUAUCAUUGCAGUUGUUUUUAACGGCUUUUACAAAUGAAGAUUUUUAAAAAAAUGUUUCAGCUGGAAUUAUGGGUGUGAGCUAGUAAUCGAGUAUAUUUUAGCUUGAAGUUUACUUUAUAUUUUUGAGGCUUGGUGCUCUAGAGAGCACUUAAUUGAUCUUUCAUCAAUGGACAUAAAGAGGUUUUAGUGUUAAAUAUAAAGAAAAAAUGUACAUACUAUAAAAAUCAUUUGCUAUUCAACCUAUUUUUUUUGUUUUGAUUUUAAGAACUGAUUUGUUUUAUUGGUAGUGUGGUUUUUGAGUGUGUCUUAGAAUAAAGCAAUGCAUGUAAUGCCAGAGUUUGUUGUCCUGAAUUGUAAAAUGCAAAAAAAUAUAUAAAACACCAAUUGAUUGUAUAAA